GCGCAGAUUUUGCACGCUCAUUUUGCAGUCGCUGAUAGCACUAGCAGCAUUCGGCAGUGCAGUCAAAAUCACAAGAUUUCCAGUAAAAAUCUGACUUCCCAAACUGCUGUUUACAAAAUCUGCUUUGGUUGUUGCUUGACAAAGUUACAUUUUAUGAUGGAAAACUCUAACAAUAAUUCGUCACCGGUUGGCACAAAUCCAUCCGGGCUGACAUUUCACGAUUUCGUUCCAUCGAUGCGCCGAGCAGGCACGAUCACGCAUUGGCCGUCAUUUGAGCGUUUCUCGUCUACCAUAAAAAAAGCCAACGAUUUCCUGACCGCGCAUUCCACCCUGGAGAUUGUCAACUGCGAAACCGUCACCUUCCAUCUGACGCACGACGGCGUCAGGGAUUUUAAUAAGACCGAUUUUGUCCUGUACGGCGAAAUCCACAACGGUUUCGUCACCGGACUGCGCGUCUGGACACAACCCUGUACCGAUACCAGCCGGACCACGGUCCAACAAAUCGGCUGCUUCUCCAUACUUCCCAGUAUCGAUAAAGACCGCGGCGCCGCGACGACACUCGAUCAUCUCACAUACGAAGCCAACAAUUGGCUGAAACGCAAUCCCGUCCCGGGACGACUAAUCAACGUGCAGACGGUGGAGAUGCGGGGCUUGCGACAGGGCAAGGUUGAUGUCGAUGCGUCCAGUUGGACACAGGCCGCCUCCAGUAACUCCUCACAACCGCACACGGUCCUGCAGUUUUUCCGUGUAUUUUAUCUCAUCGGUGAACCGUGUGGUGAGGAGAUUGUGUUUAUGGAUAUUUUCCCGACCAUGCUGAAAAGUAAAGGCUUAGCGGAUAGUGAGGCAGAAUUCGAGCCGUUCAGUACGGUUUUCGACAAGGCCACUGAUUGCUUGGCGACACUGCCGGACAAGUAUCGCUUUCUCAACAUGCAGACGCUACAGUGUCGAUCUAUCGGUGGUGUGCCGUUUCGGAAUAUCUACUCCACAUUCUACCAGAGUUCUCCUUUUCACAAACAUUAUCUGCGCUUUCUACGUAUAACGUGUGCCAAAUCGAUGAAAAUCCCAUCGUCCGUUAAUGUCUCGACGAUGCGCUGUCACCUGUUUGAACCGGAGCUGCUGCAAGAUCCCGGCAAGUGGAUACAUUUGGCGAAAUUCGAAAGUUUAACGCUGCUACAGAAGCGCAUUGACCAGUGGGUGCGGAAUAGCGGGGUGCAUGUUGUCACCGCCGAAAGCGUCAGCUUGAAGACAAACAGCGGCGCAGAGCGGACACAAGGUCACGAUGCAAUGUACACGUGGAACGAGACGCGGGCUGAUUCUCGGGGCGUGGAACAGGCGACGUUCGAACAGUAUAUUACAUGCCUGCGGGUGUAUUAUACGGAUGGCGGGAAAACAGCCGAGAAGCCGGUGUGGCCGCGGACGAUUAGUGACUACCGACGGGAAAACGCAGACGACACGCACUGUGUAAUAGUUUAACUUCUCCAUGUAUUUAUUGUUUUAGUUAUUCAGUAUUCUAAUCCACCGCUGCACACAUUUUUUCUCCUCAUCAGUAAAUGACUGAAGUUUUUGCUACGAUUGUAAAGGUGUAAUCACAUACCUUAUUCGAACCUGUCGAAAAUUUUGUACUUUAUAGUUCUCCAGAACAUUUCUGUGGUGAAUAAAAAGUAA